CGCAGAAGGAAAAUCAUCGUCUGCAGACCGGAGAGCUGCGUUUUUCUCCCGAUGGCAAAGCGCGCUAAACAGUAACGUGUCCCAUGAAGUGUGAUGUCUUCUUCUGCUUCUGCUUAAAAAAAACCCCAGUGUAAGAGUGUUAUUAUAGACUGUGUGGAACAUGGCUGAGUUAGAAUUCUACAUGCAGUGUGAGGAGGAAGACCUUGCGCCUUGUCAAAGCAUUGCGGAUGAGACUAUUCUAACAGUGGACAUAGGCAGUGCAGCACACAACGGACAUGUAGUUGUCUCUCCAGUGCCCUCUGAUGGCGGCCCUGCAGUAUCUCCUCCUGCUCUCGCCGUUCAGUCUCCUGGAGUAGUGGACGUGAAGACAACAGUUCUGCCAACUGCUGCUGCUCCAGUUGUUGCCAAGCAGCUGUUGUCCAAUAUGCUGCAGCCUGUUCAAAUGGCUGCCCGUAGCACCACCGGCCAGCCCAUCUACAUUGCCUCACAGGCAGUCCCAGGCACUCCUCAGAACCUUACCGCUUCUGUGGGUUACAUUAUACCUACCGCCACUGGCCAGUCUAUUGCUUUUCUGACUCCUGCUCAGGCAAACCAGAUGAUUGCUGCUCAGGUAACUUCUCCAUCAGGCACGCCACGAGCAGCGUCUCAAGGAAACUACACUACAGUUCAGAUCCCCAUCAACCUCACCAUUCGCGGUCCAUCUAGCGUACAAAACUUCACUGCUGUAGCCUCCACUGGAAUGCCUGCUAUGGGUCUCUCAUCGUCCAGCGUCCUUCCUUUCUCCUCUCCAGCUGACCCUGUGCAAAUGACCACCCCUCCACCAAGUGUACCACCUGUAGCUGCUGCUGAAAUGGUGGUCCCAGAAGUGCAGCCCCCAGAGGUAGAAACAGCUCCAGCGGAAGGGCUCACCCACACAGCUCCAGUGGCAGUGCAAAACCACACAGUUCUAGCAGCAGUGCCUACCCGCAUAGUUCCUCCAGCGGUGCACAACCACACAGUUGCAAUGACGGUGCCUACCCGCACAGUUCCAGUGCCUGCUCGAAAAAUUUCAUUGCCUACCCGCAUAUUUCCGGCAUCAGUGCUCACCCACACAGUUCCAGUGACGGCACCAACCAUUUCAGUUCCAACCACAGUGUCCACUCAGGCCUCAUCUCGGAUCCCUAAUAAAACCCUCUCUGUUCUGGCCCCAAAACCACAAGCACAGAAUUCUGCUCCUCGUACCAUUGUUACCCAAGUAUUUCAGGGUGCAUCCAGGCCACCACAAACCUGUUCAUUGUGUGGUGCUUCCUACAAAGUUGUUCAUGCUCUUCGUGGCUAUUUAUGUCAAUGCAAUCAAGAGCUUGUAAAAGGCAUCCAGGCUUUGGCUGUUCAACCCAGAAAAAGAAAGGCAAGACGAAUCUCGCACAAUAGCCCUGUUGCCCCCUCUUCUGCUUCUGCCUCCACGAGCAGCAGGCAUCUUUCAGCCUCUCCUCCUCCUGCUACUUCUCUGAAACACAUUACCACUUCUGAGAUACCAGAGGGAGCUCCUAGUCCUGGAACUGGGGACUAUGAUCAGCAUGGCAAGCUCAUCAUACUAGUGGAAGACUUCUUCUAUGGGAAGGAUCCGGGUCGGCCGGUCCUGAUAGAGAAUAGCCAAGUGCCCAUCAUGAUGAAAUGCCAUCUCUGUGAUAAGAGGUUGAAGAACAACAUCAAGCUAAUGAACCACAUGAAGCACCACAUGGAAAUGGAGCUGCAGAUGGAUGAUGGAGACUGCCACACUGUGUGCCAGCAUUGCUUCCGGAACUUUUCCUCACCUUUCACCUUACAGUGUCAUGUUGAGACUGUCCACAGCCAAGUAGAGUGUACAGCCCUGUGUAAGAUCUGUGAAUUGUCCUUCGAUAAUGAGCCACUAUUUCUUAAUCACAUGAAAAACUCUCACAAACCCGGUGAAAUGCCAUACAUGUGUCAGGUGUGCAAUUUCCGCUCCUCCUUCUACAGUGAUGUUAUAAAUCAUUUCCGAGAGCUCCACAAAGACACAAACAAUCUGCAAUGCCCUUAUUGCCUCAAGGUGUUCAAGUCCAGCAACAGCUACCAGUUACACUACAGCAAGCACCAGAAAAAGUCAGUGCUACAUUGUGAUAAGUGCCGGCUUCAGUUCCUCUUUUCAAAAGAGAAGACCGAUCAUAAGGCGUCAUUCCAUCGGACCCAUCUCAAGCCUGUGCAACUGUUGGGGCUUAAGCCUGGCACUAAGGUAACCAUCCGGGCGUAUACAGUGACUAGGGUAGAUGACAACUCCAGUAUCAAAGCACCCAGCAUCAAUGUUCAAAGUCCUCCUCUGAAGGAGGUACUUUCAGCCUCUGCACCUUCAAUUCCUGUACCUCAGUGUGCUGUCCAAAAAGUCACACCUACAAAGAGGAAACCUGUUGAGAGCAUGCUGGAAGUCAUGACCAAGUUUCAGAGCCAGUGUGAGUCAGCAAAAAAGCAGUUUUGCAUAGAAUGUAACUAUGAGAUUCCAGAUUUUUCCAGCCACUUUCCCACCUUUGUGCACUGCUCCUUGUGUCGUUAUCGCACCUGCUGCUCCAGAGCUUAUGCCAACCACAUGAUCAGUUAUCAUGUUUCUCGCAAAACUACAACUAAAUACCUGAACUUGUAUAAGCCCUGUCCAAAAUUGGGUAAGCUGAGCUGUCGUUCAUGUGAUUACACGACUAAAGUUGGGGACCUGAUGGCCAGUCAUCUCAUUGCCCAUCCUGGUCACUGUUCCAGCCACUGCAGGUUCAAAGAAGGAUUUGCUCGUGGCUACAAAAGAUUUGUCUACAUACCAACUGAGCUGAUUCAGCAUGAUCAGAGGCCCAAUCCAGGGACCUUUAUGCCUCUUUGUGUACAGCAAGUGGGCAAGCAUUCACUUUCCAACCUCAGUAAGCCUGCCACACAUCCUAAUCAAUGCAUUAACCUCCCUGUUAGCUCUGUUCACACUCCAUCAAUUCCCAUUCAAGUGCAACCUGUUGAUCAAAGCACUGUACCUGAUGAGAACUGUGGGACACAGCCAAAAGAUUCAGCUCCACGGAACAGAGGGCUUUCUAGUGGUGCUCAUUCAGAAGAUAAGAUGGGAGGGUCCCUUACCUUAGCCCAGCACAAGAUUGUACUCUAUGCCCUGUGUUUUGGUGUUCCUCAGGCAGCUAACCACUUUGACAUUCAACCAAAGGAAGUCCAGUCUCUGUUGCUUAAACGUCAACUUCAGCUUGGGCCCCCAAAAAGCAGAGAAGGUUUGAUUCCUCGAGCAAGUGACCAUCUGGCUGAGUGGGUAUUGUGCCAGCGUGAGCAGCAGCUACCUAUAAAUGAAGGGAACCUUUUCUCCAAAGCUGCAGAAAUCAUGAGCAAAGAUGGUGGGCCAGGGAUCUCUUAUGAGUGGGCAGUGGAUUUCCUGUUGCGGCAUAACUUGGGUGUGCAGGCUUUGGCCAUGUCUAGCCGAUUACUACCUCCUAAAGCUCAGGAACAUGUACAUUCUUUUACUUGCUUCAUGACAAAGCAGGUCACCACACACGACUUUGGUCGGUCCUUCAUUGGUGCUGUGGAUGAACUCUCCAUCUUUAUUGACAUGGAGCAGCUAGAUCCAGCCUCUGCUGAUUCCUCUUCCAUGAUGUCAGCAUUCAAGUUGGUCGGCGAUUCAGAUCCGCUUAUGGACAUUGUGCUUGUAGGCCUAGCUAAUGGCACCAUGUUACCAGCCAUGGUCUUUCUCAAAGGUGAGCCCCUCAACCCAGAUGCCCCAUCCUUGCCAGAUAUCAUUAUCUUGGAGGCAAAGCCAGAUGGCUUCUCAGAUGAGGAAAGACUUCAACUGUGGUUUGACAAAGUCUGGCGUUGGCAUGUGGAGCCCAGCUCUGGAGGGAAGGGGUUGCUGGUUUUGGACACUUACCGUGGACACAUAACUGACGACUUCUUAGCAUCACUCAACAGUGCCAAUACCCUGCCAGGCAUUGUCCCUCGUGCCUGCUCCUCUCGUCUGCAGCCUCUGGAGGUCUGUGUUGGGCCUGUGUUGCGAGAGCUCUUGCAAGCUCGCUGGAGCCAACAUGUGACGGAAGCACCACAAGAUCUGAUUGGUGCUGAACCUGCUGACCUGGCUCUUCUGGUUGCAGCCUGGCUUGUUGAGAUGUUGGAUGUAAUAGCAGCAAAGCCAGAUCUUCUUCAGCGUAGUUUUGAUCAGGUAUUAAAUUCCUCUACAGAAAUGGAACCUGCAGAGCUUUGUAAGUUAGUGCGUAGUUUAACAGAAGCAAUUGUUGUCACCAAUAUUCAGGGACAAGAAGCUGAGGAAGUAGAGUCUGGGGAGAAAAGCAAUACUUCAGAUAUUACUUCUCCAAGCUCUUUGCCUUCCCCACCAGCCAAUCCCCAUGCUUUGAAAAAGAUAUUUGAGAAAGAUAGUGAUCCAGAAUCUUUCCUUGGUUUUGAAGAUGCUGAAAUGACUGACUCCUAAUUACUGAAAAAUAUCAAGAAAUGACUUUGUUGCUCUACGUAGGUCAGUUUAAGGAUAAGCUUUUCCAACACUGUUUUGCAUACUGACCAUUUUUCUUUUGGACUUCAUGACUUAGUAAUUUAAUGAAAAGGUUUCCUUGACAAACAUUAACAUCAAGCAACAUUGUCAGUGAGUCAGCUUUACUAUUGGUGCAGCAGCAUUUGUUGACUGUAAACUUGUUUGCAUGUGUUAAUGGUGCACUACUUAAGAUUUUCAUCUUGUAAUUGCUGACAGUGCAACAUGAGUCUUCCUAUUUGGUCAGUGUGUAGUUCAGAGCAUUGUUAUAAGAAAAAGUGGAGUUUAGUCACUACAAAAUAUUUUAGCUAUAAUAGAACAUAUAAAUUGUAAGAAAAUCUUAUUUAGUGUACCUUUCAAAAAGGGUUUCAGGAUAUUGUAGAGAUACAUACAAUCAUGUCUGACUGACUACUGAAGCGUUUUAGUCUUUUUGGUUUGUUAUUGUUCAACCAGUAAAUUACUGGUCUCUUUUUCAUCUUUAUGAAUAAUAACACCUGUCCACACAUGUAAAGAUACAAUGCAAAGAAACUAAAUGGCCCUCCCUGUUUCAGUGUUAGAAAUGAUCUGUUAUGUUUAGGGCUGUUUGUUCAUAUUUAAAGGGCUGUCUUACAUAAUAAAAACCUACUUUUUUUAUUUCUUUAA